AUGGCUGCAAUGCUCGAGACCCCCUCGCGCGUCUGGCGCCGCAUCCAGGCAGUGGAGGGAAAAGACAUGCCGUCCUUACCAUCUCUACCCGGCUUCGAAGAUUCUGCCGAACAACCGUCGGAAUCUAACGAGACCACGAACGAUGACAUGGAUCUCUCCUUGCCGAUACAUUCCACCCCUGCUUUGUCUAACCAUACCGCUACUUCCACUAUCAAAGCUCCGUCAAGUGCGUCGAGUACGGCCCGCUUCGCUCACUCUAUUGCGUCGCGCUCGUCCAAGUCUGCGUUGUCUGCCUCACGUGGCAGUGCCGUCCAACCUGUAGUCCAAGAUAGCUUCGACGUGAGCUCCAUUCCCAGCCUUCCCGAUGCCCACUCCCAUGAUAAAGGUGACUCGGAUAUCCGGACUAGCGACCAGGAGACAGAGAGCUCUGUCCAGGGUAGCUAUGUUCCCCAGACGAUCGCAGACGAUAUCGGCGGUGAUAUAGACGUAGACAUGGACAUCUCUGACGCUUUGGAAUCCGUCAGUCGCCCUAAUUCCCCGGCGAUGGACGAUGCCGUCACACCGAGCAAGAAGUACGACUACUCCGUGAGUCUGCGCACAGAGGCGAAGCCAUCCCCGUUCGACAAGAUGCGACACGUAGCGAUUCGCCGACCACUGUCGCGCACGCGCACGCGCACACCGUCACUCACUCACACGACCCCUUCCUCGUCGUCGUCGUCUUCGCACUCGACACCACAGAGCAACCAUUCAAUCUCGUAUGUCCGGUCCGCCGCAGCUUCACCUCUCUCGCCAUUCGCAGUACCGCUUCCCCGAUCGGUCACCGCUUCUCCUGCUCCGGUGAUACAAGUCGAAGACGAGACGCAUGAGGCGGAAUCCGUGGCAGAGAUCGAGAACACUUAUGAACCGACUGAGGUGCUCAAUCCAGAGGAGGUCAGCGAGCAGGGUCAAGACGAUCACAGGGAACCAACAUUCUCAUCGGACGAAGCCCCCACGCAGACUGAAGAUCACAGUAUGCGCGGUAUGCAAACACCUAUGCCGAUGUCCACUGCGAUGUCUUCACCCGCACCGUCAGCAAUGUUCACCCCAACACCAGUCUUCCAUGCACGUCCCCGAGCACGGUUUGCGCCUCUCUCAUCAGUCACGCCGCAGCCCAAGCCGCUGCAGGCACCUGAUGAGCACGAAGAAGAGCUCAGCGAAGUCACCGAAGAUCACGAACACGAAGACCUAGCGACGCCGUAUGCGGCGCACAAACGUUCCUUCCUGCUGUCGGUCAUCAACUCCACCGCCCGCCCGCGUAUGAAAUACCCUACUCCGCACCCUCACCGCAUAGCAGACAGACAGCAGUCGCAAUUGCAGAUGACGCCCAGCGUAAACCUGCGGUCUGCUUUCGCGGGGGCAACGCCUCGCUCCCAGCUUGGGCCAAGGCUCUCCCACCCUCUCGCGCACGCAUGGGCACCAUCCGAGUCUGAGUCCGCCUCAGGCUCAGAGGCGGGCUCAGUCGCACAGUCCGACUCGCCCCCUGGCGCUCAGUCCCCGUACGACCCCGCAGUGGAUCGCGCGUCGUUCGUCUCCACCGCGUCCUCGCACGAUCUGACUACUUACGCGCGAGCGAACGCGUCAUUUGAUCCUGUCAUGGGCCUCGGUGAGCGUGGACACGGAGUGGGCCGAUUUAACGCGGUGAAACUGAACAACUACAUGUACGGGCUGAACCGGCGGUUGCAGGAGGAGAACGAGACGCUCGUGAUUCGGCUAAAGGAGUACGAGGAGAAGUAUGGUCCUGCGGCAGAAGGUGAGAGGUCUCCUGCCGCACAAGAGCCACCGAGACGUAGGUCAAGCGGAGGUGGAAGGCGGGUCAGUGCGGGACCCGGCAUUGGACUCGGAGACGUAGCGGAGGACGAAGAAGAGAAAGCUGCACUGGAGGAGGUAGUGGAAGAACUGAAGGAAGAGCUGGAGCAGUGCAAGCGAGAGAAGGAGCAGGCAGAAGCGGCGCUCUUGGUCGAGCAAGGAGAGAGGGCCAAGGACAAGGACAGAUAUAGGGACCGGAUGGGCGAAGUGGAACGGGGAGUUGAGCGGAUCGUGCAAGAACUCGAGCUAAAGGCCGAGGAGGCGCAACAGGCGGUGAAAAGGACGGAAGAAGACAAGAUGCAAGCUGUCAAAGAGGUGGAGAAACAGAUGGCCGUCAGGGUGGUGGAGAAGGAAGUGCUUGCGGAACGGCUCAGAAAAGCGGAAGAUGCGCUGCGAAGCGGCAAGGACCUUGGUGCAGAGCUGAAUGUCUCCAACGAACGUGUCGCGCAAGUUAUGGGCGACCUCAAGAACGCCAACGUACAGAUCAGGGAGCUGGAGGACGAAGUCAUGAAAGCCGACGAGCGGAUGGAUGUACUUGAGAAGGAGCUGCAGGAGGAGAGGCGCGUUGCGUCAGGUCUCGAGGACGAGCUACAAGCCAAGUCGGAUGAGCUUGCCCAUACCCAGCGGCGAAUUCGGACUCUUGAGGAGGACAUCCAGAAGGCCCAGGAUGCGUUGCGCGAUUCCAAGACUUAUGUGUCAAAGCUCGAUGCAGAUGCAAGCGCUGCAAUUGCGCGUGCAGAAAGUCUCCAAGAAGAACUGGCCGUCGCAGAGGACAAGGUCGCAUACAUGGCUUCGGACGCCGAGCAGGACAAGGAUGAAAUAGACCGGCUCGCUAAUGAAGCUGACAAGGCAUCGGAGUUGGCACGCCAGAUGGAAGAAGCCUUGGAAGCGGCUGAAAGCAAGAUGUUGGCCGAUGAACAGGAGGUGAUCGCCCUCAAAGCCAAAGUCAACACUCUCGAGCGCGCCAUGGAACGCGAGCAAGAGAGGUCCAGGUCCCAAGUCGGUCCAUCCCACAGUGAAGUCGCAAGAGAUGUGCAAGCCGAAAUUGAUGCCUUGGAAGAAGAGCUCGACGACGCCCACAAAGAGAUUGCACGCUUAAAUACCAUAGUGAGCCAGUCUCCAUCGCGCAAAGCUAUAGAGAAGGCAAAGGACGCCCGAAUAGAGAUGCUUGAGAAGGAGAAUGAAGACCUUCUGGAUAGGAUCAAAUCGCUCAGGACAAACGCAUUUUCCAGUACUCCCGGCAGAAGCAACGGCAGUGGCAUCUCCCCCAUGCAUCGUCAGAUCCUUGCGAUGUCUAUGAAGAGCCCCAAGACCCCGGGAGGGCCUCUACGAGACCUUUCUUGGCUUCAGACCACUAUUCAUGAUCCGACAGUAUCCCCAUUGGUACAAGAGAUUGCCCGGUUGCAGCAGGAACUGGACCGCGCCAACGAAAGCAUUGACGACAAGCUCGACAGACUCGAGGAUGCCGGCAUGGGUGUCGUGGGUCUUACGAAACAACUUGAAGACGCGCGUACAAAGAUCGUUGCUCUUGAGGACGAGAUAGCUCGGUUGUCCCGGAAAGAAGAUCGGCGUUACCACCGGCUUCAGAGGGCACGAUGCAGGAAGUGUCGUACAAAGUUUCACCUUCAUGACUUGGCUUCUCCGGCGGAUGGCGACGAAAGCUCCAUGUUUGACGCAUCAGAUAUGAGCCUUGCGACGGAGCCGCCCACACCGCCCACAAAGACGAGUGAAGCUCUUCGUGCAAGUCUCCAGACGGUGAACGCCCAGCUCGCAUCCAUGAAGAAAGCAUGGGAUCAAGAGAAGCGUAAACUUCUCGGGGAAAAAGCUGUUCUCCAGGACGCAGCAAAAAGACUGAACCUGGAGGUGCGUGAAGCAAAGAAUGAGAUCCAGAGGUUUGCUGAGACAGAGCGAGCUGGAGAGAAAGCUCGAGCAGAUAUCAAAUCGGAGCUCAACAAAGCUAAACGCGUGAUAGACGACCUCGAGACAGAUCUGAAGACUGAGCGUGCGCGUCUCAGAAGCCUGACAACAGAGCAAUCUCGUGCACAGCGAGAAAAGGACGAAGUUGCAAUACAACUUCGGCGUACGGAGUCUGAUAUGGCUGAGGUCAAACAGCACCUGCACCGCGUCAAGCAGGAAAACCAAGAGCUAGAGGGAGAGUUGCGAACGACCGUAAACGCCGAACAGCAGGCUCGUCGAUUAGAGCUGCGAGUUGCUGAAAACGCGGACACCAUCGAGCAACUACGUCAAGAGCGUUCCCUGCUGUCGACCAAUUACAAGGACCUCCAACGCCGCUACGGCCAAGUUUCAGAGAACAUGAACAAACUUCGCGACGAGUACACGGCUUCUCAAACUUCGCAUAACAAUCGGCGUCAUCAGCUCGACUUGCACCUCCUCGAAGUAGAGGAUCUUCGCCGUGCCUUGUCCGAUCAGACGGAAGAGCUUCACCGAGCCGAGUCAGAGAAGAACCGCAUCGCAGCCGAGAAGAGCGACUUUGCAAACAACGUUGCCGUACUGGAGACUGACCUACAACGCGUGCGGAAGGAUGCGGAGGCCUUCGGCCGAGACCUCAAGCUGCUGCGUGCCCAGAAGGAUCGGCUGGAAGAAGAGCGGAAGCAGCAAGACGCUAAGUCAGAGAGGUCGCAUAAACAAUCUCAGACGCAAAUCCGCGUGCUCAAGGAUGAGCUCGACAGCCAGCGUGAGAAGGUAAGAGCAAUUACGAAGCAACUCAAAACCCAUCUGUGCGCUGCAGACGAUAAUCAGCUCGCCGCGAUACGGAUACAGCACAACAAGGAGUGUAAGGGCCUGAUCGUGCAAAUUCGCUACCUUAAAGCCAAGUUCGUUCGCGAAUCCACCCUACGAUGUGAUCUCGGAUACCAGAAGCGAUAUUUGCUUGCGCUCUUAGCACGGCUACAACGAAACGAGGAGAAAAUUUUGUCCGCCAUUUCCAAAAUCGGGUACCCUGCUGCUGAUCCUCCAUCACCGGUAACAAGAAAACGGACCUUGAAGGGUGUCGUCCGAGCUGUUGUGUUCAUCAUGCGUUCGAAACACGCAAGUAAUUCAUGGAGAGAACAGUGUGCGUCGAGAGAGGCCAUCACGGCGGCGUUAGAAGAAGUGCGGCAACACAGGACUGUCAAACCCUUGAGAACGAAUAAUUUAUGA